GCUAGGGAAAGUAUCUCUCAUUUCCAUAAAGGCUGACCAGAAGAUCGAAGUUUGUGGUUUUUUCACUGUUUGUGUGACUGGAGAUGAAUAAAUAUGGUUGAAAUGAUGACAGGAGUUGGGAAAAAAGAAAAUUUUCCCAUUUUUGGACGUCUAGAACGAAAUUUGGAUUCCUACAUGAACAGUGAGAGACACCAGAAUGUGGGUCCUAAAGUUGGAAUAAAAGAUGAUACAGACAGAGUGCUUGUAGAACAUUACGCCAACGACAAUUGUUUGAAGAAACGUCUCAUACGUUUUAUGCUCACGGACCCUAAAACAAGUGAACGUUGGCGUUUCUUUAUUGUUUUUCUUAAAUUGGCAUCGUGUGUUUUGUAUGUUAUACGUGUAGAAGGCGACGAUGAUCCUCAGUUAGCUGGAUGUUCUGGUUGUUCACUGAACAGAACAGCAAUAGACGAAUGGUGCUGUCCUGAUUUGAAAGAAUGGAAAUAUUGGUCCCUCGUAUGGAUCAAUCGUCCAAUUACGUUGUGGAUUUUACAAACCGUCAUUGCAGUUUUCUGUUUUUUCGAAGCAUUCUUCAUCGCUGUCUUGGAAUUCAAGGGUGGAUCAAUCCUUUCAAAAGUUACAGCGCGAAUGAUAUUGGAGACAAUUUUGACGUUCCCUCUUCUUGUGUCUAUUUUCUGGAAAGAUCUACGAAAUUUAUAUAAUCCUUUGUACCUAAAUUGUUGGAUUGCGAAAAACGUUGCCGAAAAUAUGUUUAAUGAUGUGGGUCGUCUUCAAAAACAACAGUCUGUUUUAAUGCAAAAAGUUCUUGUUGUUAUUGGAACACUAUCAAGUAUUAUAUUUACUUGUGUUUGUGGAGUCCAGCAUUUCGAGCGAGUACACAAAAAGUGGAAUAUGUUUGAAAGUCUUUGGUUUGUCGUUGUAACAUUCAGUACUGUAGGUUAUGGAGAUAAAGUUCCUAACGAUUGGCCCGCCCAAACCUUUGUAAUGCUGUCUAUAAUUAUGGCUUUAGUUAUCUUACCCAUGCAGCUUGAACAAUUGGCAUUUCACAUGGCGCAAACUCAGAAAGAAGGCGGAGCAUUUGGAAGAAUGUUGAGGGGAAAUAACCACCAUGUUGUCGUUUGUGCCUCAUCCUUACGUCCAACACUUGUGUUGGAUUUUCUCAAAGAAUUUUUUUCUCAAAGUGAUUUAGAGGAUUAUCACGUGGUGUUGCUUUGUCCACAAGAUAUCGAUAGUCAGCUGAGAAUGUUGAUUCAAGUUCCUGUUUGGUCUCAGAAAGUCAGUUAUAUGAAAGGAUCAGCUCUUAAUGACAACGAUUUAGAGAGAGCAAAGAUAUCGAUUGCAGAAGGAGUUUUUAUCUUAUCUGAUCGCAGUAGUACUGAUAAAAAAAAGGCCGAUCGCCACACAAUUCUUCGCACUUGGGCAAUACAAGACUAUGCUCCGCAUGUUCCACUUUAUGUGCAAAUCUUACAGGCUGAGAACAAAUUUCAUGUCAGUUUUGCUGAGCAUGUUGUGUGCGAGGAUGAAUUAAAAAACGCUUUAAUGGCAGCAAACUGUGUUUGUCCCGGUGUCACAACACUUGUUACAACAUUGUUACACACGUUACAUAGUCAAGAAGCUUCUGAAAAUAUCCCGUGGCACGAAGUGUUUGGGCAAUGUGCUGGAAACGAAAUUUAUGACAUUAAACUUUGUGAAAGCGUUGUUUUUAAACCAUUUUAUAAAAAGAGUUUUUCUUUUGCUUCAUUUCACGCUCACAGGCGAUAUGGCAUGUGUUUGAUUGGCGUUCGUCCUUUCAACACGUCCAAGGUUCUUCUCAAUCCAGGAAGUUCAUAUUUAAUGGAUGAAAAUGACAUAUGUUUCUAUAUCGCGAUGUCUAGUGAAGAAGAAAGUGCCUUCAAAGAUAUAAAUAAAUCUAAAUCAAAAUAUCAAGGCUCUACAGGGAAUUUUAGCGUACAUUCCAAUAACGCUGCUACUGAAUUGCAAAAAUUGAGAAGCAUUGGAACAGCAGAAUCAUUGAAUUACGUAAACGAAAAGGAUUGUGGUAACAGUCACAUGACUUCAUCACAACAAUCAUCCACCAACCUGGAGCAAAUCACUGAUAAAGAUGUGCUGCCCUUUAAUGACAAGCCUCAAGAUGCACUCUCUGUCGGCUCCUCCAUCAAUUAUUUUAUUCCCAGUGAUUCGGAUGUUGAAGAUGACGUUCAGGAAGAUACAAAUGGACCUCUUUCACCAACAAAAAUACCGCAAUAUGUCAUUGAAAUUCCUCCAAUUUCUCCCUACAUUGGACGCGUUAACAUGAAAUGUCAUUUGCUUCCUCAAGCACCUCAUUUGUGCUGUCUAAAUUUGACCGAAUCAUGUGAACACAAUCAUAAGCCCAAAAAAAGAGAACAAGGCGCCAUUAUCUUAGCUUCACCGGUGGUAGAGGCUGGUCUUUACAACUUCAUUCUCCCACUGCGAUCCUCCAAUUUACCCUGUUUAUCCCUCAAACCCAUCGUAUUACUUGUGGGCGAAAAACCUCCUGACAGUUUCCUUCAAGCUAUAUGUUGUUUUCCUAUGUUAUAUUACGUCAUUGGAUCCAUCUCUAGUUUGGAUGAUUUGUUAGAUGCAGGAAUACUCAACUCUGACACCGUUGUAGUCACGCGUACUGCCCUUAGCGGAGAUCAUGAAUAUGGCAGAGAUGAAGAAUUCAUGGCUGAUGCGUUCACGAUUGUCAGUGUUCAAACAAUCUUUAGAUUGUUUCCUCAUUUGAAUUUGUCUGUUGAACUUACUCACACCUCCAACAUGAGAUUUAUGAAAUUCGACUCUGGUGUCGUAGAAAAACUACGAGAGGAUGACGAUAAAGACGAGGGAGACUGGCAACGAAAGUCUUUAAAAAAAUACAGAGCAGAAACGGAGAAGAAAGUUCACUUAAAUUACAUGUUAAGUGAAUCAUUUGCUGAUGGCAGUGCAUUUAGUGCAAGCAUGGUGGAUACUUUGCUUUAUCAAACCUUUUUUAAAGACUACAUGAUCGAUCUCAUUUGUCUUGCUAUUGGAUUAAAGCAAACUUCUGGAUCUGGUUAUCUUACUUCGAUAAAGUUGACUGAUGAUCAUAUGUGGCUCGGUAACUAUGGAUGUUUAUAUCAAAGAUUAUGUUCUACCACUGGAGAGAUACCCGUGGGAAUGUUAAGGACCGAGAAAGUUCAGAAGACAAGAACGAGAGAGUCAAAAAAAAGUGCUGAAACAAUCGACAUUGAGAGGAUUAUAAGGAACAGAAUGAAAUCCUUAAAUAUUGAAGGAGAAUUUAACAUGAAGGAACAUCAAUCAGUGUCGUAUGUCGUCAAUAAUCCUCCUCCCGAAUGGAUACUUCAUCCGGGAGAUAUCGUAUAUGUUUUGCGUCCCGGCAAUAAAGCGUCAGCCCGUUGUCAAUUUGCUGAGAAAGAGAGUAGAUCAAGCGUCGUAUGAAAAGGCAGGAACCUAAAGUACCGCAAGAUCUCGCCAUAGUUUAUCUCUACGAAUUAAAAUUUCAUCAAUAAAAUUCGAAUUUUUGAUGAAUGUACAGUCAUUUAUGUUGACGACCAAAACAUUCGGUGAUAACGUGACGAAGUUUGAAAUGAAGUUGUUAUGGACGCAUUGGACUUAUAAAUAUUAAUUUUUAUUAAAAUAAAAUAUUAAUUCAUAUAAUGAAAAUAGUUUUUGUUGUCCUGUUUCCAACGAAUUGUUUUGGAAAUUAAAAUGAAAACAGUCUAAGAGAAAA